CGGUUAAACCACGACUUCGAACCGCUAACUGGAGAAAUAUGUUCCCGUAGACGUGUGAACAUUAUCAGACCGUCAAGGCAAACAGAAGCAGGACACACCCAUCCUCUGUCAAAACGUGUCGAAGCAAGAAGAGCAAGCCUUUGGCGUGAGACGCGGGUAGAAAAGCGCGGAGAGGACGUGGGUGGGUCGGAGCGCGUGGGCAAACUGGAAAGGUAAAAGGAGGAGAGGAGAAAAAGCGUUCACCUGAAAGAGAACCGGUCGAGCUUCGCCUGCGCUCAUGGGGUCCUCUCACUCGGGAAUGGAGAUGCCCCACAGUAAUGGCAGCUGUGUCGCCAAGGAGAGUAUUGUAAGUACUCCAGCUGCCACAGUGACGGGCACUCUCAUUCUCUCCAUGGUGUUUCUGUUGGGAUUCCCCGGAAACCUCUUCGUCAUCUGGAGCAUCCUGGCGCGGGCCCGAAAGCAAUCCGUCACGACCCUUCUCAUCCUCAACCUAGCCAUUGCGGAUGGCUCCCUGAUGGCUCUGACCCCGUUCUUCAUCGUCUACCUGGCUAUGAUGGACUGGAAAAUGGGGACUGUGAUGUGCAAGGUUCUGUUCUACCUCUGCUUGGCCAACAUGUACGCCUCCAUCUACCUGAUCAUGCUGAUGAGCAUUUACAGGUUGGUGUCGAUUGUGUGGCCCCAGCGCAUCAGCGCGGUCACCAGCAAGAGGACGAUUACACGUGUGUUGGCUGUCAUGUGGUUGCUCAUCAUGGUUGCAUCAAUUCCUGCGCUGAUCUAUCGAGAAGCGAGGCUUAAUGCAGGGAACAGAACGGUUUGUGAUUCAUUCCACGACAAAGACCCAGAUGCAGUUCUGCAGUACAUGCUGGAGGUUGUGUUGGGCUUCGUGGUACCUUACGGAAUCAUUUUAGUCAGUUACAUUUGCAUCCUGAGACGGAUCCGGCAGACCAGAUUCCGCCGCAGGAUCCGCAGCGAAAAGCUAAUCCUGGCCAUCGUGGUGACCUUCUGCCUGUUUUGGUUACCCUACCACAUCAUCAACAUGGUGCAAGUUGCAUCGGCUUUGCUUCCAGGAUGUUCACCAACAAGAGUAGUGUUGGAGAAAAUAUGGAAGAAGUUUCGUGCCGUUACCUCCACAGUCGCCUUCAUCAGCAGCUGUGCCAACCCGGUGCUCUACUUCUUCGCAGGAAAGUCUUACAUCAGACGGGAGGGCGUGGCUUUCAUGGCUCGCUUGUUUGAGGGCACGGGCUUGGACUUCUCCAGGAAGAGCCGAAUGAACAGCCAGAACAGCCGGGACAAGGACAAAGACGCAGAGGUCGUGCUGCAAGACAAGGACGGAGACUUUUCCACAACCUGAAACUCUUAACAUCAAAUCAACAAAAACGGAAAAAUAGAAGUGAACCCCCGCUCCGGUCUUGAAAUCUUUCUUCCGUCCAAAUGUUAAAAAACAAGUUUUACAAAGACUUGAAGAGUCUGUAGCACCAAGAAAGAUUCAGCGGAUCGCCGAAGACGAACUCUUGGAUACAUUUGCAGACAAAAACCUGUUAAGAUGGUGAUGCUUCAUACAUACAGAAGUAUUUGAAAACGGGCCCAACACCCAUAUGAACCUUGGAAUAUCAGACAAACUGAGAGUCAUAGCCUGGGAUGCUUAGACGUCUAAGAAGUCUAAUUCAAGUCCUCUAACUUUGUACAUUCUGUUUCUACGUGCUUUUAAAUACAUUGUCUGCUAUUAAUUUGCUUGCUGAUGUCUUUUUCCUGGGGCAUCAACUUUUAUUAUCUUUGCAUAAAACCAUUUUUAAGAAGUCAUUGAAAUAGAUGUGAAUUUUUAGAGCUUUUGUAUAAAAAAGAAUAUUGUGUGCUUCAUCAUAUCAAAACAUUGAAAGAGAGUACUGGUAUCACUUUAGCGUCCUUCUCAUGUUUGCACUACAUGGCUGUUCCAAACAUGAUUUUGUAAUUCCCUCUCCAGGACAAUAAUGUUUAGUUUCACAAUACAUGCCACUAGAUGUCACCAU